AUGGACAAACUGACAGAAGAAAGUAUCAGGAUGAGUCUAGAGAUUAACACCGCCACGACAAAAACUAUGAUUUUCGACAGACAUCCGCAAGACAAUGAAAAUACCGACAUAAUGGUAAGAUUUGAAAUGGCUGAAGCAAUAGAUCUCAGAAGGUUAAGAACUAGGCGAGGUCAGUUGAGAGGCAUAGCCACUCGGUUUCAAAGUUUUAUGUCUAACAUGCAGGAUGUUCUAGAAGUAAAAACUAGGUUGGAAAAAGUAGAGUCCGCGUUUGUAGAGUUCGAUCAAGUUCAGUCCGAAUUAGAGCUAUUAGAUGAAGAAGAAACAGAAGUUAGAGAAGAAAUAGAAAAUGUAUUUUACAAAGCUAUUUCUACAGGUAAAAAUGCAUGCGUUGAUGCUAAUAUUAAUUCACAAAUAUUACAUACACCUCAAAAUCCAGAUACUUUUAAUUCCUUAAUAGAUAAUAAUGUAUCAUUAGAUGCGAUUCAAAAAUUUCAUUAUCUGAAAUCUUGUCUUCGAGAAGACGCAGCUCAGAUUAUAAGUUCUUUAGAGAUUACUGAAGAGAUACCUCAAAUAAAAUUUGAUAUAAGUCAUAUUAAAAUUCCAGAUAAUAUACAACUGGCUGAUCCAAAAUUUAAUAUUCCAAAUAAUAUAGAUAUUCUUAUAGGCGCUUCAAUAUUUUAUGACUUAAUAAUGGGCGAAUCAAUAAGUUUAGGUACAAAACAGCCUACAUUAAGAAAAACUAAGUUAGGUUGGAUAUUGUCAGGUAUCAUUCACAAUAAACAAGUAAAUAAACAAAUAUGUAAUUUAUCUUUAAAUAAACAAUUGACACGAUUCUGGGAAAUAGAAGAAGUACCAUUUAAAAAACAUUUUUCCCUUGAAGAACAAUAUUGUGAAUCAUACUUUAAAGAAACUACCACACGUAACGAAGAUGGUAGAUUUAUUGUCAAGCUACCACAUAAUGAUUCAGUUAAUAAACUUGGGGAUUCUAAGGCCAUCGCUUUAAAAAGAUUAAAUCAAAUCGAAUUGAAAUUUGAAAAGGAUCAAACAUAUAAAACACUUUAUAAUGAAUUUUUAAAAGAAUAUUUAGAUAUGGAGCAUAUGACACUAGUAAACACAGAUUCAGAUAAUAUUGAUCAUUGUUUUUAUUUACCUCAUCAUGCUGUUAGAAAGGAAGACAGCAGUACCACAAAAUUAAGAGUAGUUUUCGAUGGUAGUGCGAUUACAAAUACAGGAAUAUCAUUGAAUAAUUGUUUGCAUGUAGGCCCAACUAUACAGGAUGAUUUAUUUGAUAUAGUAAUUCGGUUUAGAACGUAUCCUAUAGUAUUUACUGGUGACAUCGCGAAAAUGUAUCGCAUGGUUUUAGUACAUCCUGAGCAUAGGAAUCUACAAAGAAUUCUUUGGCGUGAAAAUGAUAAUGAACCUGUUCAAUCUUAUACGUUAAAUACUUUAACUUACGGUACAGCUCCAGCAUCAUUUUUAGCCAUUCGAUGUCUCCAUGAAUUAGCAUAUCAAAAUCAACAUAGAUAUCCUGAAGCUUGCAAUAAGAUACUUAAAGAUUUUUACGUAGAUGACUUACUAACCGGUACUAAUACGGUAAAGGAUGCACUUAAAUUAAAAAACGAGAUAUAUGAGAUUUUAAAGUCCGGUGGAUUUGAAUUACGAAAAUGGUCAUCAAAUUCACGAGCCUUUGUUGAAGAUAUAAAUUCUAAUUCUACUCAUUUAUUUUCAGAUAAAACAGAUUUUAAGUUACUAGGUUUAAUUUGGGAUUCAAAAACAGAUAUACUACGAUACUCAGUAAACGUGAACUAUAAUAAAACAAAUAUUACUAAAAGGCAAAUUUUAUCAUUAAUAUCACAAAUAUAUGAUCCUCUGGGAUUGAUUGGCCCAGCUACUAUAAAAGCUAAGAUUAUUAUGCAAAAUUUGUGGCAAUGUGAGAUAAAUUGGGACGAUCCAAUUCCAUCAGACAUAGCUGAAAUCUGGCAAGAUUUUAGUAAACAAUUAAAUUCAUUAAAUGAUAUUUCAGUGCCUAGACAUGUAUUAUGUAAUUCUUCAAAUUAUGUUGAACUUCACGGUUUUUGUGACGCCUCCGAGAGUGCAUAUGGCUGUUGUAUCUACCUACGAUCAUUAACUAAUUUCGGAGAAUGUACAGUGAGAUUAUUGUGUGCAAAAUCAAAAGUAGCACCACUCAAACGAAUAACUUUACCUAAAUUGGAAUUGUGUGGAGCUUUACUUCUGGCUAAGUUAACAAAACGAGUUCUUAGAUCUUUAACGGUAAACAUAGAAAAAACAUUUCUUUUUACUGAUUCCAGCAUUGUAUUAUCAUGGAUAUCGACAGAACCAUGUUAUUUAAAAACAUUCGUCGCCAAUCGAAUUGCGGAAAUUACCGAAUUAACGUCAAAAGAUAAAUGGUAUCAUGUAAAGUCAGAAUUAAAUCCUGCUGAUAUUAUUUCGCGAGGCACAAAUCCAAACAUUUUAAAAGAUAAAAAAUUAUGGUGGUGCGGUCCUAAUUUUUUAAAUGAUAAUGCCAAGCCGUUCUCAAGCAGAACUCCUGACUACAGAGAUAGUAAUGUACCAGAAAUGAAAAGAACUGUAGCUUUAGUUUCAAAUACUGCUGAGAUAUCUAAUAUCUUUACUAAAUUUUCUUCCCUAACAAAGCUUAAACGCGUAAUUGCAUAUGUUUUACGUUUUAAAAACAACGCUUUAUGUAAAGAUAAUAAAAUUUCAGGUCCUCUUAGAGUAAAUGAGUUAAACAAAGCUAUGACUAUUCUAAUUAAGAUUGUACAAUUUCAAGAGUUUGCUGACGAUAUAAAAAAUCUUACUUCUAAAAUUAAACUGUCCAAUUCUAGCAAGCUGUUGAAUUUGAAUCCAUUUUUAGAUGAAGAUGGUAUUAUUAGAGUCGGCGGAAGAUUAAAACAUUCGCAUUUAAGUUAUAAUCAGAAGCAUCCGACAAUAUUACCUACAAAGCACACCUUCACAGAACUGUUAAUAUUACACACUCAUUUACGAUAUUUACAUAUGGGUACUCAAGCACUUCUAGCUACAAUUCGUUUAGAAUAUUGGCCAUUAUCAGGGAAAGUUGCCGUCAAGCGCAUCUUGCGGAAAUGUAUUAAAUGCUUUAGAGCUAAACCAAAGUCUGUAACUCAAAUAAUGGGAGAUUUACCUUCCGAUCGUUUUUCAACAUUAAGACCAUUUUAUAAGUGCGGUGUAGAUUACGCAGGUCCUUUAUAUAUUAAAAAUAGUACUUCUAGAAAAGCAAAAAAUGUAAAAGCUUAUAUAUGUUUAUUUAUUUGCCUAUCAACAAAGGCAGUUCAUAUUGAACUAGUGCGUGAUCUCUCAACUGAUGCUUUUAUAAAUUCUUUAAAACGGUUUAUAUCACGAAGAGGUAAACCUUCUGACAUCUAUUCAGACAAUGGAACAAAUUUUCGAGGUGCAGCUAGAGAGUUGCAACAAUUAUAUAGUUUCCUUUCUGAUAAGUCAGUUAAUGAAGAAAUUUUGAAUUUCUUGGGACAGGAUAAAAUUUCAUGGCAUUUCAUUCCGUCAAAUUCGCCGCAUAUGGGAGGUAUUUGGGAGGCCGCGAUCAAAUCAGCCAAGUAUCAUAUAAAACGCAUAUUAUCUCAAGCAUAUUUAACUUUUGAAGAUAUGUACACAUUAUUGGUUGAAGUUGAAGCAUGUCUGAAUUCUAGACCCCUUACCCAAAUAUCCAAUGAUCCCCUAGAUUUCUCCUUGCUUACCCCAAGUCACUUUCUUAUUGGAGACUCUUUAUUGGCCAUACCUGAAACCAACAUCAUUGAAGCAAAUGUUUCACGUUUGAAUCAUUACCAAAGGUUGAAACAAAUUCAUCAACACUUUUGGCAAAGAUGGUCACGAGAGUAUUUGUCUACAUUACAAACCAGAUCCAAAUGGAAGACCAGUCAACAAAAUAAUCUAAAUAUUGGGCGUUUGGUCAUCCUGAAGGAAGAGUCAUCACCACCUUUACAAUGGACGAGAGGCCGAAUAGUCGACAUUCAUCCAGGAUCCGAUGGACUUGUGCGCGUCGUUUCUGUGAAAGUGCCGAACGGUCGCAUAGUUAAGCGGUCUAUUGCUAAAGUUUGUUUAAUGCCAGUCGAUUAA